CCUUGCUCUCCAACAGGCCACCCAGCCCAACGCCUGGAGCCCAGCCCUCCAGAGCCAGAGCCCCAGGCCUUCGAAGGGUCCCAGGCUGGAGCAGAGGGGCCCCCCAGCCCUGAGGCAUCUCGAAGUCCCUCACGAGGGGCCUACCUGCAGAGCCUGGAGCCCAGCAGCCGAAGAUGGGUACUGGGCGGGGCCAAGCCCCCAGAGGAGGCCUGUUUGGGGCCUGGGGCACCUGGCAGUGGGGAGCCUGCAGGCGAGAUCUGGUACAACCCCAUCCCUGAGGAGGACCCCAGACCCCCCGCACCUGAGACCCCAGGACCACAGCCAGGCUUAGCUGAGCCAGAGGGCGUGGCCCCACAAGGUGUGGCUCCUUCCAACUCCCCAACCAAAGCCUCUCGAACUAAGUCCCCAGGCCCCGCCCGCCAACUCGAGGCUGCCCGGCUGCUGCGAGCCCUGGUGCUGGUGUGGGACCCUUGUGUGCGGAGGCACCGGCCCUGCGCCCAGGGCACCGUGCUGCUGCCCACGGUUUUCCGAGGGUGCCAAGCCCAGCAGCUGGCUGUGCGCCUGGAGCCUCAGGGGCUGCUGUAUGCCAAGCUGGCCCUGACGGAGCAGCGGGAAGCACCCCACACAGCUGAGCCCCGUGUCUUCGGGCUGCCCCUGCGGCUGCUGGUGGAGAGGGAGCAGCCCCCGGGCCAGGUGCCGCUGAUCAUUCAGAAGUGUGUGGGGCAGAUCGAGCGCCGAGGGCUGCGGGUGGUGGGGCUGUACCGUCUAUGCGGCUCAGCAGCUGUGAAGAAAGAGCUUCGGGACGCCUUUGAGCGGGACAGUGCAGCAGUCUGCCUCUCAGAGGACCUGUACCCCGAUAUCAAUGUUAUCACUGGCAUCCUCAAGGAUUAUCUUCGAGAGUUGCCCACCCCACUCAUCACCCAGCCCCUCUAUCAAGUGGUGCUGGAAGCCAUGGCCCGAGGGCCCCCGAGCAGGGCUCCCCCCAGCACUGAGGGUACCCGUGGGCUCCUCAGCUGCCUGCCAGAUGUCGAGAGGGCCACGCUGACGCUUCUCCUGGACCACCUGCGUCUCGUCUCUUCCUUCCACACCCACAACCGCAUGACCGCGCAGAACCUGGCUGUGUGCUUCGGCCCCGUGCUGCUGCCCGCGCGCCAGGACCCCGGCAGGCCCCGCAGCCGCAGCUCUGGCCCGGGCCUUGCCAACACAGUGGACUUCAAGCGACACAUCGAAGUUCUGCACUACCUGCUGCAGGCCUGGCCAGAUCCCCGCAGGUCCCCAGAGGCUACGGACCUCGACCCGUACUUGCAGCCCAAACAACAGCCGCCGCUGCACUUGCCGCUGGCGGCUCCUGAAGUAGUGACUCGGCCUCGCGGUCGGGGCGGCCCCGAGAGCCCUCCGAGUAACCGCUACGCCGGCGACUGGAGCGUUUGUGGGAGGGACUUUUUGCCCUGUGGGCGGGACUUCCUUUCCGGGCCCGACUAUGACCACGUGACGGGCAGCGACAGCGAAGACGAGGAGGCAGGGGAGCCUACAGGCGCCGCAGACUUCGAGGAUGACUUCGAAGCGCCCUUCAACCCGCACCUGAACCUCAAAGACUUUGAUGCCCUCAUCCUGGACCUAGAGAGAGAGCUUUCCAAGCAGAUCAAUGUGUGCCUCUGAGCCGGGCGGGGCGGGACCCCGGAUACCAAGGGCCGGGCUCCUGGUUGCUGAGACAGUGCCCUAAAGAUAGAAAGGGACCAAACCUGUCUUUCAGGCCUAGCUCCGGAUGGCUGGCGACCAGCCAGCAGAUGCUGAGAUUUAAUUUCUCAUUUCCAGUGCUAAAUUAUUUGGGUACUGGUUGCAAAGGCCAGGGACUGGAGAUUUGGGGACCAGCUGUUGUGGCCAUCUUUUCAGAGGACCAAGAGCAUCUCCCCCUUGCUGGGCUGGCCUCUCUUGCCUCCCCUUGGCCCGGGCAACUCCAGUUAAUGUGAGCAUCACCCUGGGAUGGUGAGACACCCCCCAGUCAAUCCUCUUGCUGCUGCCAACCAAAUCAGUAUUAGCUUUGAGCAUUGCACUCUGCUUCUCCCUCCCUUUGGGAGGGCCCAAGGACUGUGAGGAGGUUUGGGGUGGGGUCAAGAGCAGCCCCUACCUGGGCUCCAGCUGGAUAUGGGGUAGCCUGGGCUUAUAAAAAUACAGUAGGUUUCCCCACUCUCUCCCAGGGAAAACCCCACAAUUGCCUCAAACCAGCACAUUGAGAUCGUAGAGUUUGGCCCUUCCCCUCCCCAAUUCUUCCUCAGCGUCCUUGAAGAAACUGAGCACUUAUAAGACCUCCCUUUUGGAGGGGCCCCACCUGAAGUGUCAGGCUGGGGCACUUUGGUACGGAACAUAUUUAUUGCCUCUGUGUGUGUGUGUCUGCGUGUGAGGAUGCGAGUGCAUGGACACGUCUGGAGCAGACGUGUGGGGCUCUUUCAGGGACCACAGAGCGGGGAAGGGUUCACAGUGCUGAGUACCCUGAAAUCCCCAGUACUGGUGCCCAGUGGGAGAGUAGGGUCCCCGUCCGUCUACCCCCCUCUUCCCCUCACUUCCAUCUUUGUGAACAAUAAAUCAAUAUGCACAGGU